AUGCUUCGAGGCUCGUGUCGAACGACUGAGGACUCGAUCAUGGCGAUUAGUAAUCUCGAAAGGAUCGGUAUUGUCUUUUUCAUCGCCACGAUCAUCUCUGGAUCAGGGGUAAAAGGUACGAACGAUGGGAUCAGCGGCUUAGCGUACGGCGGCGCUUUCGCGUCCGCGAAUUCUUAUGCGAGCGCAUCUGCCGGCACAUCCGCGCUCGGUGGCAUUCUUCCUGGAGUGGACGCUGGCCACGAGGGACACAAAGGAAUCCGGAGCUACAACAGUGGAUCCGCUGGUAAUCAGCCUGGUAACGGAGGCAAAGGCUGUCAGAAAUGUAAGUGGGAAGACGACGAUUAUUGGGAAAAGGAGGAAGAGGAAACGGAACCGGAGGAAAGGAACGAGGACGAGUGCGACGACGGAGACGAUGGCCAGUACAGGGAUAAGUACAGCCACGGGCAUGGAAGUAAAACGGGAUCCCCUGGAGGGAUACAGAAAGUUGGGAUUGUUAGUCCUGGUGGUCAGGUGCCAUCUACGGUCGGUGGCAGCUCUGCAAGUAGCGUGAGUAACGUCGGAAGUGGAACACCGUUUGGACCACCAGUCAAACAGGGAUAUCCUGGAAGUGGAAGUCCAACGGGAGGUUCUCCAUGGAACAAGGCGUCCCCGGUCCCGGGUGUUGGUACGCAGGGACCAUCAAGUUGGAACUCCGGCGUUGGAGCAACUCCAAAACCUAGUUGGAAUCAGGGACAAAGCGGUUCGAAGCCUGGACCAUUUGGAACUGCUCCACAAACUGGCGGUACCUGGAACACAGGCCCUGGAGGUUCGGCCCAACCGGGUACACCUGGUCAGCCCGGUGGAAGUUGGAACAAUAAACCAGAAACAGGUUCUGGAUGCUCCAACAGUCAGCAACCUGGCUCGAGCUGUGCCCAAGGUUCAAGCGGUGUUGGUCCUUUGAAACAAGCUCCCAUCUCAUUCGGCCCUGGGGGCAAUACUGGAAACGUUCAGAAACAAGGAUUUCCUACUUAUUCCGCCGGAGGAUACGGUCCGCAGGGAUCUCCAACAGGAUGUUCUGGUCCGUACAGCAAUUGCGGAGGUGCUUCUCAACAGGGACAAUAUCCUAGCAGUGGAUCGCCUCAAAGUAGUCCAUCUGGACCGUCGUAUGGUCCAGCAAGUGGAUCAGGACAAUAUCCGAGUAGUGGUUCACCUCAAGGUAGUCCAUCUGGACCGUCGUAUGGGUCAGCAAGUGGACCAGGACAAUAUCCGAGUAGUGGUUCACCUCAAGGUAGUCCAUCUGGACCGUCGUAUGGGUCAGCAAGUGGACCAGGACAAUAUCCGAGUAGUGGUUCACCUCAAGGUAGCCCACAUGGACCUUCAUAUGGACCAACAAGUGGACCUGGUCAAUAUCCAAGUAGUGGAUCACCUCAAGGUAGUCCAUUUAAACCGUCGUAUGGACCACCAAGUGGACCAGGACAAUAUCCAAGUAGUGGAUCACCUCAAGGUAGUCCACAUGGACCUUCAUAUGGACCAACAAGUGGACCUGGUCAAUAUCCAAGUAGUGGAUCACUUCAAGGUAGCCCACCUAAACCAUCGUAUGGAUCACCAAGUGGACCUGGUCAAUAUCCAAGUAGUGGAUCACUUCAAGGUAGCCCACAUGGACCUAAACCUGGAACACCUGGAAGCCCACGAUAUCCAGGAAGUCCUCAAAGCCCUAAUAGCAUUGGGAGUGGGGCUGCUUCGAGCACAGCUUUCGCUGGAACAAACACAGGAACAUCAAGCUAUCCAAGUGGAAGCACCUCUUAUGAGGCUACAAAGAAACCCACUUAUUCUGGCGUUAAGGGGAGUCCCUCCAGACCUGAAACUACACCAAAUGCAUACGGAAACAAACCUAAUUCUGGAAGUGGAUCGUUUCCGUCAACGGGUAAGCCAGCUUUUGGUUCUGGAAAUGCACAUCCAUCCACAAGUACGACAACAGGUGUAAGCUCCAAACCUGGACGUCCUACUGCCAAUGGAGAGAGUAAUAUAUUUUAUAUAAAUGUUAAUCCUGUCCCGGGUAGUCCGGUCGGAGUGAAACGUCCUAAAGGUACAGGAACAACGAAGCCUGCUUACCAACCUGCACCAUAUGGAGGUACUGGCACAACAAAAUCCCCAUAUUCCAGCGGUCCUCGUGGAACCUCUCCAGGCUCACCAGGAAUAAAUAACUAUCCGUCGAACCAAGUUCCAUUAGGCACACAACCAACAGGUGGCACAGGAGCUGGCUGUGCAGAUGGCAGUCAAAAUUGUGGCAGCAGUCCUUAUGGGAGUUCUGGACCAACGAAGCCUACUUACCAACCUGCACCAUAUGGAGGUGCUGGCACAACAAAAUCCCCGUAUUCCAGCGGUCCUCAUGGAGGUCCUCCAGGCUCACCAGGAAUAAACAACUACCCGUCGAACCAAGUUCCAUCAGGAACGCAACCUACAGGUGGCUGUGCAAGUGGCAGUCAAAAUUGUGGAAGCAGUCCUUAUGGGGGUUCUGGACCAACGAAGCCUACUUACCAACCUGCACCAUAUGGAGGUGCUGGCACAACAAAAUCCCCGUAUUCCAGCGGUCCUCACGGAGCCCAUCCAGGCUCACCAGGAAUAAACAACUACCCAUCGAACCAAGUUCCAUCAGGAGCGCAACCUACUGGUAGCACAGGUGGCUGUGGAGGUGGCAAUCAAAACUGCGGCGGCGGAGGUGGAUGUAAUCAAAAUGAAUCUCCGGAUCACAAACCUUGUAACCAACAGGGUGCUCCUGUUGGCAUUGACAAAAUCUCUGGACCAGUAGGAGGUUUCGGUGCAUCCCCGAAUGAUUACUCACAGAGUUCUCAGCCAGUAUUUCCUGGAGGAAACGUUCCACCGUCUGGAGGCGGUGGACCUAGCUGCUCGCAAGGAGCCUGUGCACCUGGUUCCGGAGGACCAUCGUACGUCGAUAAGAUUCAAAACGAGAAUAAAGGUCCUGGAGGUGUUCCAGAUGGAUCGUAUCAAUGGAAUCCCUUCUUAAGCGGAAAAGUCCCAAGUCUCGAGCACAGUGGUCCGUUUGCAACAACUACCAAUAAGCCUAUCGGCCAGGGAAAUCCGUUCCUGACGGGCACGGCGCUAGCUGGAUCCUGGAGUUCGGGAACAGGUCCUACUGGCACCGGAAACGCUGCUCCUUCGACAGGAAGUCCCUCGAAACCUAUCGGUAAAGACAAUCCAUUCUUCACCGGUUUAGGAAUCUCGCGUGGCGAUAUACCGAUUACCGACACACAUCACUCGCUGCCUGGAGAAGCAGGCGGUCAAGGAGGCGACAAGAGUGGUGGAAAUCCAUUUUUCAAUGGUCAAACUGCACCGCAAGGCUCUGGAUCGUACCAUCCUUAUCCCGGCACGGGCUCGAAUUCUGGAUCAGUCGGCGUUGGAGGUGUCAAGAGCCCGUCGGGAAUAAAUCGUGGCUUGGGAAGCGGUGGAGGCGUUGGAGUUGGCUCCGGAGACUUUGGAAAAUUGUCCGGACAAGGUGGAGCCGAUAACGCAGGAUCGUACGGUGGCGCGUUUAGCGGCGCUCUGGCUUCCAGCUAUGCCAAUUCGAACUCCGGCUCGACGUCCGGCCCUGCAGAACCCAGUUUCGGGCAAGGGAAUAGCAGAAAUUGGGGCUCUAGCGGUGCCGGAAGUCAAGCUGGUAGCGGUUCCUGGGCCUCCAGCGGCGCAUCCGCUUACGCGAGCAGCAGUGCCAACAGCUGGGCAGGCGCAGGUGCAGGUGCAGGUGCAGCUGUGAAAGGAUAAUUAAUGAAAUUAAAGGACACUAUCGAAAACGGAAGAAGGGGACGUUUGCAACUAACUGGAAUUAAAUUAUAUUUUACACAAUUUGUUUAAACGAGCUACGUUAAAUUGUACGUUUAAUCAUAAUUUAUUUUACUUACUCAUCGUUUCUAAUCCCGUGCAGAAUAAAUUAUUGUAUUUUUCAUGGAUAGGAUCCUGUUUAGCUCGACAGUGAAUGAUUCUUCGAAUUGAUUGUGGUAUAAUUAUAUACCGAUCGUUAUCGAUAGUCAAUAAAUAAUGAUAGAGCCCAUCAGGUUGUUGAAUUUAUAGACGAAUGUGAGUUAUUGCUAUAGGAAAAUAAAAAAAUAUAAACAAAGAGA